CCCCCCCCCCCCCCCCCGCCACUGCGGAAGGCUACGACUGUGGGAAACUUAGACAGAUUAACUGAGGUCUUCAAACCCUGUCUGGUUAUAGGUGCUAAAGAUGCUCCCCAGAGCUGGGAUCUAUUACUUUCCUUGGGAGAUCAGUUCUGGUAUAGUCCCAGAAGGAGAAACUGUGAGAACGUUUGGCAGGUUCCAUUGUUAUGAUAUAGUUCGGUCCAGAGUUACUUUAGUUGCUCAGCAUGAAUCGGCCCGGCAUCAGGUCCACAUCUGCACCAAGUUGGUGGAGCCGUUCCAAGCCCAGCCAGGGUCCCUGUAUAUUGUACUGGGGGAAUAUGAACGGGGUGAUGAUAAGGUUUACAUGGUAAAGGCUCGUGUGCUGACUUGUGUGGAGGGGAUAAACCUGCCUUUGUUAGAACAAGCCAUCCAGAAGCAGAGGAAGUAUCACCAGGAGAGGGAACAUCGGCAAGAGGAAGGGAGCCAAGAACGUGGGCAGGAGAGCAAGGACAACUCCUAGUGCUGCCUUGCACCCAAGCCUGUAGCACCUUGACAGAUUUGUUGAUCUUUGCUGGGAGCAAAGGUGUUCGUCUGGCCCCUGUCCCUUACUUGUUUUCAUGCUGUGAUAGAGGACAUGGUGUGCCAAGAAGAUGAGUCUUCAUAUUGUAAUACUGGAAGGAAUCCUCAGAGAAGGCAGCAUAUGUCCUAUAGGCAGGCCGAUACAGCCCACCCCUCAGAUCUGGGGGAACAGAUAUAUGUCAUUUCAAACAUUUAGCUGUUUCUCUCCAUCAUAACCCAUAUGCUAGUGUGAAAACAGAGCUGUAAAGGGACCACAUACCUCUUUCCCCAAAGGGCCCACUUGUUUUCCCAGACACUUUUUUGUUUUUGGGUGCUGAUGGGACUGGGUGAAGGUUAAUGGAAGCAAUAUUUUCUUUUUCUAUAGGGCUGGGUAUUCAAUAAUAUUAGGUGGUUUUUGUGUGACCUAUGGCCCAACCCUCCCCACCCCCUUUCCAUUUGGACCAGGUUGGAUCCUUGGGGGCAAAGUUUCUUUCUUUGGUUACUGCCUCGACCCUCAGAGAUUUAUUCCAGGGAGAUCUCUUAAAUAAAGCUUCGGUAUAGCUUGUCUUUUUAA